AGUCCGUAGCAGUAAACAUCGAACCAUACCGAGAGGUACACGCUCAAGUCACUCCUACAGACAAGGACAUCUCAGAGGAUAUUGUACAAUCCUAACGAUGGUCGACUUUAAGUAUCUUCCAUGCUUGCUGACAUGUGCCUCCCUAAUCUGUUCUUGUUAUGGCCAGGACAGUAUGGGAUAUGUACUGAACAAACUGAAACAGUUUGAAAAGGAUCUGCGGCAUCUGAAGCAAGGCUACCAUCAGAUGAAGAGACAGUUGCACCAUGUCUCAAGAUUGCUCAGUGAUUUCCAGAACGAGACGACCGUAUUUCACGACUCUCUCCUGAAGAAGGCAGGUAUGUCGGAUCGAGAGAAUUCGUGUGAUAUCUGUAUGAGAGAGAAGCAUCAACUGGAAAAAGUACUACAGACGUGUGACGCUAACACUGCCAAUCUCAAAUCUCAAAUUACGACAUUGAAGGAGACGUGUCAGUCACAAAUGUCGAAACUGACAUCAAAUGUCACGGUGUCUCCUUCUACCCCCGCUCCUCUAAAUGUUACAUCGACCUCCAGGACAUCUGUGUCAACAACGACACCCAGACCAGAGGAGGAGAAAAGUAGGAUUUUGAUUGCUCCAAUUUGGUCAAGUACUCCACAUCAGUUCCGUCAACUCAACAUUCACAGUAACUCCCUGAGUGUCUAUCAGUACCACACCCUGAAGCAGGUCAAAUGUAUUGCAUAUAUAACAAAGACAAGGAAACUUCUGAUAGGAUUAUACAACCCUGAUAAGAUAGUGUCAUCUACCCUGGAUACACGUCACGUGACGGUAUUAAGAGAAGGUGUAGAGACAUUCGGUAUGGCAGUGGAUGAAGAUCGGGACAUCGUAUUUAUAUCCACCUAUCAACCACGUUACUCAAUCAGCCGCAUGUCUACACAGGGGAAAGACUUCACUGCCAUCAUUGACUUAUCCAAGUACGGUAGUAUUCCAAGGCAAAUAGCUCUUGACACAAAGAGAAGGAGGAUAUAUGGGUGUAACACCGGGAAACUGUUCACUGUGACAUAUGAUGGUCAAGGUCUGACAACAUUAGCCACAGGAAGCCAAGUGUAUGCUGUAACCCUGGACCAGACAGCAGGUGUGUUGUAUUAUGGUGUACAGAAGAAACUGAUGAAGAUGACCGUGUCCAAUAAUGUGAGUACAGAGGUGACCACACUGGACGCCGUCCCCUGGAACAUGAGACUGUAUAGAGGCACCAUCUACUACAGUAGCAAUGGUUCUCCUAUUGUAGGAGCAGUUGAUGUGACAUAUAACACUGUGGCAUAUACUCUCCAGUCAGUCAGUGUGAAGGGAUCAAGUACCAACGGUAUGUGUUUGAUUCCCUAAGUGUAUCAAUCGCAUCGUGUUUUCUCUCUAUAUUCCGAUCUCACCCACGGAAAAU